AAUUCGACAAGCGACGCGCUUUGACGCAUUUCGCUGCUCGCGGCCAAUAAAACGGAAACAAUAAUUGCCAAGGAAAAGGGAUAUUAUAUACAACAAGGGGUUUUCGUUUGAGAUCUCGAUUUCCUUUGCUUCUUUCUUCGCGUCUCGAUCUCGGACGGAUCAUCAUGGCCCCGGUGUCGGCGCUCGCAAAGUACAAGCUGGUGUUCCUGGGGGAUCAGUCCGUGGGGAAGACGAGCAUCAUCACCCGCUUCAUGUACGACAAGUUCGACAACACCUACCAGGCUACAAUUGGUAUAGACUUCCUAUCAAAGACUAUGUACCUUGAAGAUAGAACAGUCAGACUGCAGCUUUGGGACACAGCUGGGCAAGAGAGAUUUAGGAGCCUGAUCCCAAGUUACAUUCGAGACUCUUCGGUUGCUGUCAUUGUGUACGAUGUUGCAAGCCGACAAUCUUUCUUAAAUACUUCAAAGUGGAUUGAAGAGGUUCGAACAGAGAGGGGAAGUGAUGUUAUCAUCGUCCUUGUUGGGAACAAAACAGAUCUGGUUGACAAGAGACAAGUCUCUAUAGAGGAAGGAGAAGCCAAGGCACAGGAACUUGGUGUUAUGUUUAUUGAGACAAGUGCAAAAGCUGGCUUCAAUAUAAAGGCGCUGUUCCGAAAGAUUGCUGCAGCUCUGCCAGGGAUGGAAAAUCUUUCUUCAACAAAGCAGGAAGACAUGGUCGAUGUAAAUCUGAGGGCGACAAACGCAAAUUCAUAUCAGUCGCAGUCACAGUCUGGAGGUUGCAGUUGUUGAACUCAUCCAUAUUGGCUUCCCUCGACUUACAACCUGCAUUGAUCAACUAAGGGAGUGAUGGUUUACGGCAGCGGUUUAUGCAAAUGAGCAAGUCCCAUGCUAUUCUGUGGUGUGCACUAUUAAGUUAUUUCCAGCAUUUUCAUUUCAUAUCUGGAUCUAGGGAUGUAUUCUGCAAUUGUGGGAAGGUAUGCUUGGAUUUUGUCUGAAAGUAAUAGUCAUAGUAAGUGACUGGUGUCCCUGUUAGCCUAGCUUAACAAAAAUAUAAUAGUAUAGUUUAUUUAUCAGAUAA